AAAAGUUAGAUAGUUUUUAAAAAAGUUAGUUAGUUAGAUAGUUUUGCGAAUUAUUUUAUUCAGUAAAACACUCCCAUGUUGUGGCAAACUAUGGCAAGGGAAAUGUUCAUGAUUGUAUCUAAAAUGUGGAAGGAUUAUGAGAUCCAAUUUAUUGAAGCCUUGUGAAAAACGACCUUAAGCUGCGGUCCUGCAAACUUGUGGAUCAUCUGUUACUGAAAUCAGUGCGUGUGCACGAGCUGUACGGGUUCGCGCCCAUGUGCUAGAUUCUGCGGAAUGCGCCCUGGUGCUCGCGCUUGACUCUGAGCCCGAGAGAAACUCUUUUUGAGUUUUAUCAUGGAUAUAGAUACAUUUUGAGACGACAACAACAACUAUUAAAACUAUUUCAGCAUUUCCAUAUAAUAAAAACAGUUUUGUUUGUAAGCUUUUAACAUUUUGGAUAAAAUGUCCAGACGCACGGCCCGGGAGCGACAGGAGAGCGAUGAUGACUCGGACACAGACCUGCUGCUCGCGGCGCUUUCGCCGGAGGAAGUGGAGAAGCUCGAGCGUGAACUCGUUUAUAUCGACCCCGACCCGACAGUACCUGUGGGACUCCGCCAGAGGAACCAGACGGACAAACUCCCGUCCAGAGGAUAUGACAGAGAAGCGAUGCUAGACUACUGCGAGCGCCAAACCAAGAAACUGAUCCGGAGAGAACUGAGCGCAGAGGGAGGGGAUGGAAGAAGGAGAGAGCGACUUCGCCGGAUGAGGAGCAGAGAGUUUUCCAGAUCACAGAGCGGCGAUCCUCCGGACACAGAGAGCAGAAAUGCUGAAAGUGAAAAAGAUAAGGAGAGAACGAGAAAAUGGGAGGAUGACUCUAAAGAUUUAUCUGAUGAGGGAAAGAAUAAACGGGAGGAAAAGAGAACAGGUGAUAAGAUGGAAAGUGGCAAAGAACUUUCUAGGAAAGAGAAAGGUGGCAGCAAAACUCUAGACCUCAUCUCCAAACUGCAAGAGAAACAAGAGGAGAAGAAAGACAGAGGGAGGAAGGAUGACAAGAAAGUGAACGAAAACUCCAAAAUACGAGGGGUUGUCUCCAAACUUCAGGGGAAUAAAGUGACUGAGGAAAAAAAGGACAAAAAGACGGACGUCAAACAGCAAGAUGGAAGCAGAACUAAAGCUUCAGAGGUACCCAAAAACAACAAAGCAGGACGAGUAAACUUAAUAGAUGCAGAAAAAGACGACAAAAACAGCAGAUUUAGUACAGUUGAAGAAACAAGUUUGGAUAAAACCAGACCUCAAAAGGAGAGAGAACAAGUGAAAGCACCAGAAAACAGCAAGGCCAAGAUUUUUACCAGUUCUUUCCAUGAAAGCUCAGGGAACUGUCAUGGAGCGGACACCUGUUCACUUACUACUGAGGAGGAUGAGUCUUAUAGUGAAGAUCUGGACAGUGACACUGGCUCCAGCAUGUUUGACGAUCUUCUAGAGCAGGUUCGCAGUGACGAUCCUGAACUAACUGAGGUCAACGUCAACAAUUCAGAUGCCAUUAAAACAGAUACCCUGAUUCAGUUUGCAGAGGGUCUUCGCAGUAACACUCACAUCAAAACCUUCUGCCUUGCAAACACAAGAGCGGAUGAUCAUGUCGCAUUCGCCAUCGCUAAAACAUUGCGAGAAAACUCAACCCUGACCGGCAUCAACCUCGACUCUAAUCAUCUGACAGGCAAGGGCAUCCUGGCCAUCAUCAACUCUCUUCAACACAACAGCGCACUGAUGGAGCUGAGGUUUCAUAACCAGAGACACAUCUGCGGAGGGAAGACUGAGAUGGAGAUGGCCAAAGUCUUACGUGACAACUCUUCCCUGCUGAAGUUGGGAUAUCACUUUGAGUUAGCCGGGCCGAGGAUGGCCAUGACAAACAUCUUGAGCCGAAACAUGGACAGGAAACGGCAGCAGCGAUUAGAAGCGCAAAAACUCGCCGGACAUGAGAUCAACUCCACUGCACGUGAAGAAAAUAAGAGCUCAACUAAUAAAGCUAACUCAAAAACAUUGUCCACUCCAAAGAAAGACUCUAAAUUUGCUUCCCUAUCAAAAUUCACCUCUGCUCAAGAAAAUUCCAAAGCUUCGCCGACAAAGCCACUGUCUAAACUCCUCACCACUGAGGUAACAGGAAGCAAAAAAGGUGCAACAGGAUGUGGGCAAGCCCCUCCUCCUCCUCCCCCUCCUCCAGGUCCAGCAUUAGAUGUUCAGGCACUAAGGAGGUCUUUGACCCCAGUCUCUCAGAGGAAACCAGAUGGCAGUACAGCUGUCCGACAGACAGACAGGAGCUCCAGAGAUCAGCUCCUGGACUCUAUCAGAAACUGCAGCAUGAAUGCUCUCAAGAAGGUUGAGAUUCCCAAGCGGUUGAGAUAACAUCUGUCCAGUGCACGUGUGUCUGAUUCAGAUUCACCUGCAGUCUUCCAGAGCUCUGUUAUGAUGGAGGAGUCACUGAAUCGUCAAGAUGAGAUCCCUUCUCUACAUGCUCAGACAUUCAGACACUUUAGACACAUGAUAUGUAAACAUCUGAGGUGUGAGGCUUUACCAUAUUAGUGUGAUUAUCCCUGGACUGAUAGGAAAUGUCAAAGGCCAAAUCAAAAAAAAAACUUUUUUUGGAAUGGGUAAUUGAAAUAUAAUAGCCAUUUCAUUUUAGAAUUCUGGCAUACUUUAAGAUACUUUUAUCUUCUACGAUGUGUCUUGUAGCAUCUCCACUCAUCAAUUUGCAAAUAUCAUGCCAUAACAUUUUCAGCUGAAGGUUCAUGAUCUCAUGCUUUCUGCAGCACAUCUUUAAUCAGUUAAAUGUUGCAUUAAACAGAAAUGUCAGUCAGUGUAUUUAAAUGCAUUAAUGAAUUAUAGUGUAUGCAGAGAAUAAAGCAAAAAAUCUCACAUUUUUGAGCAACAUUUAUUAUGUAUCCUGCAAAUCAAGUUUAUGUGUGAUACAUUAAAAAUGUCACUUUAGAACUAUGUUGAUUGUAAAAAUGGAAAUUGCCUUAGACUUGAUCCAUCUUUAAUGUUACAGUAGUUCAAUAAACCUCAACAAACAACCAGACACAAUGGGUUUUGAGUUUUAAUUAGAGUACAGGGGCUUAUAGGGUUAAAAUCUCUACAUAAGCUCGAAUCAACACAUGAAAUGGCGUUUGUUGUUGUUGUUUACUCUGCAAUGCAUAAGACAUUUCUGACUUACGGGGACUUACAGUGUCAAUCAAAAAACAGGCGCAAUUCGUGAACCUCACCUACAGAUGGCGAAAGAGGAACAGGUGGACACACUACUUUUACCAUGUUGCCAAUGUCAUGUGUCCUUCACUGCUAAUCACAAAAGUGUCAAAGAGAUGCGCACUUCAAAGUCUCGCUGGAAGACGUAAAGAUAAAGUACUUUGAUUUUUUUUUGUCAUGUACUGUUUUCGUGGACUAUAGCAGCACAGUUUGUGAGUAAUUUCUCUAUAGGAGUAGACGAUUGAUCUGUAUCAGGUGUUCCAGUAGGUCUAUGUUUCAGUGCUAAAAAAAAAAAAAAAAAGGAAAAAACUGAAGUUAGAAUACGUCAAUUUACAGCAACACAAUAUAUAUGGCUUUGUAAUGAAUGGAUGAAUGAACGAACAAUGCAGAUAUCAGCAAUCAAAGUAUUUACAUAAAGAUAAAUAAACAACUAUUGUUUUCAUUGCAAGGAAGUAAUAAAUUGGAUGUCUUCUGGCUUAUUUUAUCUCUCUUUGUGCUAUAAGCUUGUAUAAUCAAAUAUCUUUUUGUAAAACUCAGUUACAGAAGGUGUCAUCACCACUUCUGUUCUGACCAUUUCCUUCCUGACUUAUAACGUGCAGUUGAUAGACAUGGCAGUCCCGCUGCUAAUCUGUGAUUGGUUUGUUUAUUCGAAAGUAGAGGUCUCUCUCUCCCUUCACUUACAAUUGUGUAAUUUUAUAGUAAAGAGAAUGUCUUGCUUGAAUAGGACGUGAGACUACAGAGAGAAUGAAGCCCCAUCUAAGUUUUAUGUCUCUUCUUGCAGGUAAAUAUGAUUAAUUUUCCUUCUUGAUUUAUAAUCGUGAAUCCUGUAAGGUAAACGUGUGUGUGUUAAAAUAUGUGAACUUUUAGUGACCUUUGAAGAGAAAUAUUCUCAAGAUCUAUAAUAGCACUUUUAACUUGUAAUAAAGCAUUAAAUCAUGUUUACAUCAGAUGUAUAUUUGUUUCUGUCUUGCCUGAACUAUACGAUAAUUCAAGGAAGAGGGUCUCUUCAAUAUUUACAGUUUAACAGAUCUUUUUAAAAAUGUUUUUGUGUGAAAGAUUUGUCAGUUUAACACAUAUUGAGUUCAUCAAAGUUUUACUGUGUUUUAUUUCUAGUUUUGACUGAAGUGUUGAUGAAGUCUGGAGAUGUGUAUGUCGGAAGAGAAGGUGGAGAGGUGGAGAUCAGAUGUUCAUAUCCAGAUAAACACAUUUAUACAUCCAAGUACUUCUGCCGUGAACCCUGUAAAAAUGUUUUGAUUAAAACUGAAAAAGUUGAUCAGGUCUUCACAACUGAAAGAUACUCUUUGUUUAGUAGUGUGAAUGAACGGUUCUUUACUGUAACCAUCAGAAAGCUCAGACUCACAGACACUGGUGUUUAUUACUGUGGAAUUGAUCAAUGGUUCUAUGACAAACUGAUGAAGGUUCAUUUGACUGUCACUCCAGGUGGGUAAUUAAUAUGAUAUGAUAUACAGACACUAUUGGCUUUUAUUUUUAAAUAAUUCCACAUAGCUUCACACAACAUUUUUAUAAUCUUAAAUUUCCUGUUUUGUUUCAGCAGCUCCUGUGAGCAGACCUUCACACACCACUGAAAACACACUUAUAACAUCUAACACUCAUACAACAACACUCACAUCUACAGGUAGAUAUACAUUCAGUAAACCAGUCAUCUCUUUUAAAACAGCUUGUAAAAUCGCUAACUUUUUUUUUCUUUUCUUUCACUUUUCAUCUCUUAGAUGGUGUUAAUACAGAUGAGCCGUCCUCACUAACAACCCAGACAACCAAACAUAUAUCAAACGUUGAAGAAACCCUUGGUGGAGUGCCUGUGGUUUGUGCAGUUGUUAUUGCGCUGCUGGGGUUUUGUGUUGUUGUGGCCUUAGCCUAUCUAUGCAGGAAAAGGUCAGAUAUGAAAUCUAGAUUUUUGCAGCCUCCAGUCACUGGAAUUCCUGCUUCAACAGAUCCAAACCAGACUGCAGAUGGUGUCUAUCACAUCUAUGAUGAAAUGGUGAUAGACAGUUCAUCUGUAAUAUAUUCCACUGUGCAGCACUGUGAUCCUGCAGCUCAGGAUGAUGCAAACACUCUGUAUUCACUCAUCACUCCUCACACAGCAUAAAUGACAAUUCUCUCUAAGAGGUCACUCUUGCAAGUUUCUAGUAUUUUUUAUGACCCGUGUGGUCAAUGUGCAAAAACUGAGAAGAAUGCCAGCUACCAUCCUGCUGAGGACACGUGGGUCAAGUUGUGAAACAGCUGUUAUUGUGUUAAAUUAAUUUUGCGCCUUUCUUUGUGUAAAAUACAGCAUGCUCUUUCUGUCACCAUUCAACCAUGCAUCAAGGACAUCAAUUUAACCUUCUAUAAACUCAAAGUUAAGACAAAAACUUUGCAUCGCAAUCUUCAUCUGAACUCAACUUGCUUUAUCGUUCAAUAAACAACCCUGUUUUCUACUACC